AUGGAUCCCCUCUCGGCGCUGGGACUGGCUAGUAAUGUCGUGCAGUUUGUUCAAUUCGCGUCGGAUCUGGUCAAGACGGCCAGGGAAGUCCGUAGGUCUUCUUCUGGGUGUACAGAAGGCAUCCUGACGCUUGACACGCUCUAUGGGGAGCUCAAUGACUUUAAUUCUGAGCUCCUUUCUGGGCGCGAUAAUGCCAGCAGUUAUCUAAACGGACCAGGCAGUAAGUCUGAUAAGAAUACCGCCUCGCUUCGAACUUUGUCACUUCUUUGCCAAUCCGAUUGCGAGAAACUCUUGCUUGUCGUACGCGAUCUUAAAGUAAAAGAUGGGUCGCGAGGACGCUGGCAAAGCUUUCGCACUGCCUUGAAGUCAUUGUGGAAGAAGGAGGAUAUUGAAGAGUUGGAAGGUCGGCUACAGAGGACCCAGAUGACAAUGACCUUUCAUAUUUGCGCUCUGGCAAGCCACGCUCAAGAGAUUAAUGCAUGUCGGCUCAUGCAGCUCCAGAUUGAGAGUAAUAGACUGCAAUUCGAUCAGUCAGUCAAGAUUGACCGGAUAACGGCUGCACUAGACGAUUUUCAGCGAUGUAUAAAACUGGUUCAUCAUGCAAACCCAAAGUCAUCGCCGUCAGUCCAAGAGAUAGAUUCCCUUGCGCAGCACCUCUCUGGGCUAUCCCUUUCUCAAAAAACUGUCGAGAAAGAGCAGGAAGUCCUGAAAAGCCUGAGCUUCGACACCCGACCAGUCCGACACACUUCAAUCUCAGAAGCCCAUCAGAGGACCUUCAGAUGGGCCUACGAACCAGACGAAAAUGCCCCCGCUGCGGCAGCCUUUCUCCCCACAUGGCUAAAGCAAGGAAAUGGAGUGUUCUGGGUUUCUGGAAAACCUGGCUCGGGCAAGUCGACGUUUAUGAAGUUCAUCGCCGAUGAGCCAAUGACCCUCGACUUUUUAUCAGAAUGGUCGGGCUCAAAACGAUCUGUCAUUUCAAGUCACUACUUUUGGAGCGCAGGUACUACUAUGCAAAAGUCCCAGCAUGGCCUUCUUCGCACAUUGCUCUACGGGAUUUUCAGACAAUGCUCCGAGCUUAUAGAACCUGUUUGUGAAAGCAUACGGUUAAAUAUGGACAAAGAAGAAGAUCUUUUGCAGUGGAGUCUGCCAAACCUUCACGCAGCCCUGAGAAAGGUUGCUUGCUGGGAAACAACCCCCGUCCAGCUCUGCUUCUUCGUCGACGGCCUAGAUGAGUACGAUGGCGACCACUACGAGCUAUGCCAGGUUCUCAAAGAUGUCGCCAAAUCGCCUAACAUCAAGAUCUGUCUCUCAAGCCGACCAUGGAACGUGUUCGAGGAGGCCUUUGGUAACGACGCACGGAACAAGCUGUACAUUCAGGACCUAACACGAAACGAUAUUCUCGAAUAUAUUCGAUGCCGGCUAUAUGAGCAUCCACGAUGGCCAGCCCUAGCUACAAAGGCAUCUCAGGGCGACUUGUUAAUCAAAGAUAUUGAGAAACGCGCGUGUGGUGUCUUUCUCUGGGUCUUCCUUGUGACUAGACUCCUGCGAGAAGGCCUUACCAACAGAGAUAGCUUUAUGGAUAUCCGGCGACGCUUGGAGAGCUUCCCGGAGGAGCUUGAGAUCUUCUUCCGACAAAUUCUCGAGUCCGUUGAACCCUUUUACCACAACAAAAUGUCUACCACUAUUCAAAUGGCAAUUGCAGCAAAGGAGCCUUUACAUGCGAUGGCUUACGGCUUCCAUGAUCAAGAAUAUGAAGAGGAAGAUUACGUUUUUGGCAUCCCAGUCCAACCCUACAAUCCCAAAGAAGAGCAAGAACUGAAAGAAGAGACAGCAUGGCGGUUGAACAGUCGCUCGCGCGGACUGCUAGAACUCAAUCCUCACUCUGGCACCGUUACCUUUCUGCACCGAACUGUUCUGGAUUUCUUAAGAACCCAAGAAAUGUCAACUUUCCUUGCUGGUAAGGCGCCGUCUAGGUUCAACCUCGCUUCCUCUCUUCUUAAAGUGUAUACUUCAAUGAUCAAGAGAACCCACUUUGAAGAGCAGGUGGUACGCCAGGAUUUUGGGGCGUACAAGAAUUGUUACUUGCAAUACCUAACGACAAAUGCUCUUGCGUGCGCCGCCGAAUUAGAUAAAUCCGAUACCCCUAGCACCAUGAUUUACAAGAUCUUGGAGGAUAUCGACCGCACUGUAUUGACAAAGUUCAGUCAUCUGAAAGGCCUUGGCCGUAGACAAACACGGAGCGGAUUUUUCCGAGAGCAACUGAUCAAAGGACAACACAUAGGGUACCUCGGAUGGAAACUACCUAAGCAAUCAGACUAUCUUUCAAAUCUGGGUCCUUCGCUCAUUCCGUGCAUACUAGUCCCCGAAGGUGCGCACGGCAAACCAACCCUCUGUCAAGCAUGGCAGAGCUGCGGCACCGAGAUGCUGCGCUUAGUUGUGGAGACCCAAGACAUUGACCCAAAUGACGAGCAAUUCAACACAGAUCCCAGACGAAGUUGGUCUGGAUGGACCACUUUGAUCAGUCACAUCACAUCCUGGACUCGCGGCGCAAACCCGGUUGCAGAGGAACAGUUUUGGGAUCUGCUCGAGGGCAAUAUAAUCUCUAAACUCCUUGAAAGAGGCGCCGAUCCCAACAUCAUGAUCUGGAGUAGUCAUUUGGAAUGCUGGCCUGCCUUUGCCGCAUACCUCAAUUUGGCAUUUGAGGUACCGUCGGAUUUAGCAAAGGAGGCACUAUAUCUCCGGGUGCUCAGGGAUUUUCUGCUAGCUGGCGCAACCAUGGAUACCUCGCAUACCGAGUUCACAAAUCGGUCGAUCCAAGAGAGGCUUGGUAAGACAGUCAACAUUGCCUCGUCGAGCAAGAUAUUCUUCAACCGUUUGCACAAUAUCCACACCGUAGAUCCACUGACUUGCAAUUUUAGGCUAUUGGCCGAAGUGUUGGAUAUGUUGCUGUCGAAUGUGGUCAAUGAUGAGGAUAUGUGGAUUAUGGCGACAGUCAAGACAGCAGUUGAAACGGCAUUCCCGCCGGACAUUUGUGCGCUCCUUAAGAAUAGAUAUUCGGCUAUCAAGUGGGUAAAUCGGGCGGAUGGGAGAAAAAGACGAGGUAGUCCGGGGUUGGAGAAGGGCUUUAAUAAGAGGCAAGAGAGCUUCCGCGAGGCUUUUUAA